CAUUUUAAACGUAUAUACACCUACUAACUUUCCUCAAACCCAUUAACGAGAUAUCAAGUGAAAAGCUUUUCUGCUACAUCAGGCCAAUUCCAAAUAAGCUGAACAUCUGCGCAAGUAAUCUGUGGAUUUAAAAGCAUGGCAGAACAAGGUGAAGGUUUUAUGGAGCCGUGCAAAGACACCCUAAAGAGAAAGCGACCUCAACCCCAAAACUUACCCCAACCGAAAAGAUCUAUCAGGCUUUUGGAAAUUUCUCAGAGGACUAAUUCUGUACCAUUAAUGCCCAGAAAGCCCAACAAGAAGAGUACAAAAUCAUCUGCACAGAGUCUGUUUUAUCUGGGGGGAAAUGAUAAUGAAGAGAGGGGAUAUGAAAGCCCUGAUGACAAGAAAAUUGUGGCUAUUAACAUUAGUAUGCCACUGUUGGGUGGUACCAGUAGUGAUGGAUGGAGUAAAGAGCAGGACGUGGCGCUUCACAAUGCCUAUUGCACACUCAAGGUUUCUGCCACCUUCUGGAAAGAUGUUGCCAAGCUGGUUCCUGGCAAGUCCUCCAAGGAAUGCUUUGAUAGAUUUUACUCGGCUUAUCCAACUCCACGGUUUUCCCGAUCACAGUCAAAGUUGGAUGGCAAAAUCCGUCGAUCCCCCAAAAGGCCAUUAAAUCUCCAUAGCUUGUUGAAGGCUACUGGGUCAACUGGUAGAAGGUUUCACUGCAAUCGACAGAAAAUUCUGCAAGCACAUAGAACUGUGCGAUGGUUACUGGGAAAACAUAAAACUGCUGACAAGGGGUAUGAAACAGAUCUAUUUUCUUCCGUGGGCGUGGAAUCUGCAGAUUCAUCAGUCCAAACUUCUUUACUUCUUACUGGUAAACCCAUCUCUCCAGAUAUUUUUCUCAAAUCCGUUGGCAAUUCAAGCCAAACAGAGUCACCCGAUGGUAGAAUAUCAUUGCCUGGAUUAAAGCAACAAAUUUUUAGUCCAGAAGUUUUGAAACAAAUAAAAAAUCCUGCUCAACAUGAAAAAUAUAUUGACUUGUUACAUUUCAGAGAAGCGGCAAGAAGAAAAACUUGGACCCAAAAUGCAAAAAUCCCAGCCAGCUACAUAGUAAAAGAGACUCCAGAACUGCUACAGAGAGAGGCAAUUUAUGCGGCAAAAGCUGCUCUGGCUGCUGACACUCAACAAAUGCUUAUACAAUCACAGAGUUCUGGAUUGGGUGAAAAUGAUGACGAUAGAAGUGAAGAGGAAUAUGAAGAUUUUGCGGAUGAUGAUGAAACAAUUGGAUGUGGGCUGAUUAAUCUCUGUGUUAUACAUACAAAACAAAAAAAUUAGUUCUACGGAGCAAAACCCUCAUAACCCUCGUGAUAUGUGAAAAUCAUGACGUUUUUGAAACCAGAUUAGCUACAGCCCAAACAAUUAACUACACUUAACAAUAGAACAUAUUUCUACUGUAAUUGCUUAAAAUGGUACACUGGAAGCUGAUGUUCCUUGCUUUUGUCGAUGAAUAUCGUCCAUCUGUUAGAAACAGAGCAUAAUUUUUUGAAAACCACCAUUAAUAUAUUUGUAAAGCCUCUCCUGUCAGGACUUUUCAUUUA